UAAAAAUAAGAAGAGAUUGGGUUUGGAAGAUUGAUCCAGAUCCAGAAGUUUAAGAUAUUGGACCUCUGGGCCCAGUUUGGUGAUAUACUGAUUGGGCUAGUCAAAACGAUGCGGUUUUUGCAUUGAUAAGAAAGACAUGAAAGAAGUUAGAGAGCAAAUGCAGUUCUGUUAGUAGAAAAUGUCGUCAGAGAAGGAAGCGGAGGCUCGGAAAUCGAGUUCGGAAGAGAUUUCGCGCGAAUUCAAAACCCUAGUUAAUUCCGGGGAUCUUCACUCCCUUAACCACAUGCAACACACCAUAUUGGGAAGGUUGCAGGACAGCAAUGCGGUGUUGUCGCAUUUUAACGACUUCUCUCAACACUGCUUUGCUGAGAUUUCCGGUGACAUUGCUAGAAACACGCGCAUAUUGAAGUCUGUCAAGUCUGAUCUUGAUUAUAUCUUUCAGAAACUCAGGUUGCUACUAGUAUCAGAGCCCACUCAACAAAAGGACCUGAUUAUAUGGACGCUUGGAGAGAAUACGGAAACUAUGAGUGUAUUUGAGCCACCAGUGAUUCCAAGACUCAAAGAUAUGAAGGGAAAAGGAGUGCAAAAUAGUUAAGCAGAAAACAAAACCAUUGAGAAUGCAAGACCGAAAGAUAUGAAGGCAAAAGAUCAUCUCUUCCAAGUAAUGGUAGAUGACCAUUUUGAACGAAGAUGUAUCUAAAAGCAUCUAAUGCUCCUUGAAGGGGGUCAUGUGAAGGGAAGAAAAUCCUAAAUAGUAGAGAUAUGAGAAAAUCUCUUUUGAGUGAGAGUGAUAUCAUUCCUUUUUAACUCUUAAGUGGGAGGCUUGAGUUUGUAGGGUAAUAAACUUUUUGGGGAGAGCUUUUUCAAGUUCGUCCAGAAAAGUCGUAGUCUUCAAAUGGUGCCUAUUUUUUGAGAUGUUUUUGUUGAUGUAAGCAAGUAGUGUCUAACCUUGAUAAAUUACGUGUCUUUGGCUAUUUCUAUCAACAAUGGAAUUUCUGCAUGAUCCUAUCCUAUCAUCAAUCUUUGUUGUGCGCAAGGUUUUUCUUCUGUAUUUAGCAAGCCUAACGCCUGACUCUUAAGGAGGAGUUAGAGAUGCUGAAAGGGAAGUUUGUCAAUAAUAUUUUAAGACGCACUUGCCAUUGUUGGCAAGCUGCCACUCAAUAAGGCAAAGACAGACGAUGUUGUAGUCAUUGAGAAAAUAGAAAUCUAUGAUGCCUAGGUUCAAUUAUGUGAUAUGUCUAUUAUGAAGGAAUCCAGGGGAUGAAUUACAGACCACUUUUCUAGUAUGAGACGUUUGUUACUUUUUCUGUACAAAGAUGCUAUAA